UCACACCCACACCCUGACCCCUGUAAACAUCUGUCAGUGUCAGUAGAAUAACAACACAAGUCAUUAGUGAUAUUUUAUGGUUUUCACUUUUUCACUAAUUUAUAUAAAUAUAAAAUGAACCACGACGACAAAAUGAUGAUAGAAGAUAACAAUCCAACGCUCGGCCAACCUUUGAGUGAUUUUCUUUUGCAAUUAGAAGAUUACACCCCCACUAUUCCAGACGCGGUAACUGCAUACUAUUUACGAUCCUCAGGACUAGAGCCUAAAGAUCCACGAUUGGUGCGGCUGAUCUCGAUAGCAGCUCAAAAAUUUAUAUCUGAUAUUGCUAAUGAUGCUCUUCAACACUGUAAAAUGAGGUCUACUAAUUCUUCAAGCCACAGUGGCUCCAAGAGCAAACAAGGCACAAAAGACAGAAGAUACUGUCUAACUAUGGAAGAUCUGACACCAGCUUUGGCAGAAUUUGGAAUUACGAUAAAGAAACCUCACUAUUAUGUUUAAAAAUACUUACCUAUAAUAUUAGAUAUUUUGCAAUUUAUUGUUUUGAUACAUUCAGGGUAAUUUUUGUUUUUAAAAGUACAAAUUAAGAAAAUAAAUGCUCAGUUCACAUUG